AUGAGCGGCUGGGCUGGGUUUUCAGACUCGGAGCUGCGGAAGUUUCAGCAGAACUCAGACUCGGUGGUUCCGGUCUCUUUGGGUCGAGGACGUAAACCUGUGACCCGGAGCAGGCAGCAGCUCCAGCGCGAACAGGCCCUGGCUCAGUCCAAGUCCGGACCAGACCCCAGACCAGAGCCCAGACCAGGGACUGAACCAGAGACCAGAGCUGAGACGAAUGGAGCAGAGAACAUGUCUGGUCUGAAGAACCCCGCGGAGGAACCUGAGACGACGCCGGUUUUGAAAGAACUGGAGAAACAGGAAGUGGAAGUCCGUGAGCGCAGUCGUCUGGAGCAGCUGCAGAUGGAACAGAAGGAGAUGGAGGAGAAGAACAAGAGGAAGAAGGCUCUGCUCACUAGGACCAUCGCCCAGAAGUCCAAACAGACUCGUGCUGAGUCGCUGAAGCUGCAGAAGAUCCAGAAGGAGCUGCAGACUCUGGACGACAUGGUUUCAAACGACAUCAGUAUCUUAAGAGGAAGGAUCGAGCAGGCGAGCUGGGACUACAGCUGUGCCAGGAAGCGUUAUGAAAAAGCAGAGAGUGAGUUUGUGACGUCCAAACUGGAGCUGCACAAGAAGACGGAGGUGAAGGAGCAGCUCACGGAGCAUCUCUGCGCCAUCAUCCAGCAGAACGAGCUCCGCAAGGCCCUCAAGCUGGAGGAGCUGAUGUCCCGGCUGGAGAUGACCACGCAGGAGGAGCAGGAGGCGCAGGAGGAGCAGGAGAGGGAGGAGAAGGAGGAGAAGGAGAGGGAGGAGAAGGAGGCCACAGAGGAGCCAGGACCAGGAGGCCAGGACCAGAACCAGCUCCACAAGGCUCAGGAGGAGGAGGAGGUGAGCAGGCUGGAGAGGACCACACAGGAGGAGGAGGAGGUGGGACCAGGAGAUCAGGAGGAGCCCAAAGAGGAGGCAGAUCCAGGAGGCCAGGAGCAAACGCAGGAGGUGAACGUAACGAGCCAGGCCUCCUCAGAUCCAGACCCUCAGUCCUGA